AUGUCGGAGUUUAUUAACGAGACUCCAACGGUUUUAGAGGACAAUCAGUUACCUACCAGAGGUGAAGAUACCGAUGGUAAUCUGCUAUUAGGUACUGAUGUCACCAAGGAAAGUUUGCAUAGAACCAAACUGCUUUUAAAGAUCGAUAACUCACUACAGUCACCGGUACUACAGAAUGUGGAACUUCUCACGAAGCUUCUACAGUUAAAUCAAGCUCCUGAGCUGACCACAGAUGAAAGUGAUGAAGAUACGGACGACAUGGCCGAUGAGUUAGGUGUUCCUGCAGACCCCAUCGACCCACAAGAGAUUUAUGAUUUGAUUGCCCACAUAUCUGAUCCUGAGCAUCCCCUGACAUUGGGACAACUAGCUGUUGUUAAUUUGAAAGAUAUCGAAGUCCAUGAUGAAGGGUAUAAGGAUCGUAUGGCAGAAGUAAUCGUCAAGAUUACCCCAACGAUUACACAUUGUUCAUUGGCUACUUUGAUUGGGUUAGGGAUUAGAGUUCGUCUGGAAAGGGCUCUGCCGGCAAGGUUCCGUAUUACUAUCUUCGUCAAAGAGGGCAGUCAUCAGAGUGAGAAUCAAGUGAACAAGCAGUUGAAUGAUAAGGAAAGAGUGGCAGCUGCUUGUGAAAAUGAUCAAUUGCUGGGAGUUAUUUCCAAAAUGUUAAGUACAUGUAAGUAA